GAAGCAAUUUUCCGGAGAAAGCAAAAAAACAAUUUCCUUGGGAAUGUUUCGAUUACCUAACUUUUUAGCAAACCAAAAUGCUGGCAAAAAAAUCCUACUUGUAAGAAGCAUUUCUGGAGAAAGUAGCCUAAACUAAACACACCUUAAUUUAUUCAUAUUUCCUUUUGCUUUUUCCUGUCGUGGGAAUUUUAAUCUGCCUUGCCGCUCGCGCACUGAAAGUACUCCCUUACGAUUCUAUUUCUACCCCCUCCUCCUUUCACUUUGGCCUUUGCUGGUUUAUUUAUUGCACUCCUUUCUCUUCCAGCAUGAUCUGUAAUGUAAAUCCAAAACAGCGUAAAGCUCUUUAGCUAUGGCGGUGCUCCAUAAUUCUUUAGCUUUCUUCCUUCUUGUCUUCUUACUGGGUUUUAAGACAGCAAAAUCUGAGUCAUUUCUUGGUGUAAACUACGGACAAGUUGCCGACAACUUACCGUCGCCAUCUGCUACAGCAAAGCUGCUUCAAUCCACCUCAAUUGAAAAGAUCCGGUUAUACGGAGUUGAUCCGGCAAUCAUCCAGGCUCUGGCCAACACCGGGAUCGGAAUUGUCAUUGGCACUGCAAACGGUGACAUCCCGGCUUUAGCCUCCGACCCGAAUUUCGCCAAGAACUGGGUGAAUACCAAUGUACUCGCGUACUAUCCUGCUAGUAAUAUCAUCCUCAUAAACGUAGGAAACGAGGUGUUGUAUUAUGGAGAUAAUAAUUUGAAGACGCAGUUAUUACCGGCGAUGCAGAAUAUCAAGAAUGCCCUUGAUGCGGUGUCUCUGGGGGAUCAGAUUAAGGUGUCCACCGUGCACUCGAUGACUGUACUCGCGCAAUCUGAGCCACCGUCAGCCGGAAUCUUCGACCCCAGUUUGGCCGAUCUGUUGAAGGGACUGCUGGAAUUCAACAACGCCACCAGCUCGCCUUUUCCGAUUAACCCUUAUCCAUUUUUCGCUUACCGGGAUGACCCGAGACCUGAGACUCUGUCCUUUUGUCUGUUCCAAUCAAACCCAGGUCGUUUGGACGGCAACACGAAGAUCAAUUACAUGAACAUGUUCGAUGCUCAGGUGGAUGCUGUUCGUUCUGCAUUGGACGCUAUGGGGUUUAAAAACGUCGAGAUUAUCGUGGCCGAGACCGGCUGGCCGUACAAAGGAGACAGUGACGAAGUAGGGCCGGGUAUUGAGAAUGCCAAGGCCUACAACGGUAAUCUGAUCGCCCACCUCCGGUCGAUGGUGGGGACUCCAUUGAUGCCAGGGAAAUCGGUUGACACCUACCUCUUCUCCCUCUACGACGAGGAUUUGAAACCUGGACCGGGUUCCGAGCGGGCAUUCGGGCUUUUUAAACCCGAUCUCACCAUGACUUACGACGUCGGCCUGUCCAAAAGUAUACAGAACCAGGCAGCGACACCCCAAUCUCCGGUGACUCAAACACCGGCUUCUCCGUCACCGAAGCCAAACGGAGCAGGAAGGAUUGUGCCGGAGGAAAGUACAUCAGAUGCGCAAUUGCAGGCAAAUUUUGAUUAUGCGUUAGUAAUAUGUGUUUGUUUCAUUUCUCUGUUUACAAGUUACAAUUCUUGAACUUAUUCUAGAGGUCGGAGUACCUAAAAUUAGAAAAAAAAAUCCAAUAGAUGAAAAUAUUAUUUAUAAAUAAAAUGUAAUUCUCUUCCUUUAGUAGCUGCAAAUUGAUGUGUACCCUGUUUUUGUACUAGAAGAAGAUUCAGAAAUGUUUGUGUAUAUAUUUGUACAUGAUAUCUAAUUGCACCCUGUGGCUUAGUUGCAAUGUUUAAGUAUAACGGUGACCCGCUCUAUGUCAGGUUCAAUACGCCAAUGUUGCAUUCAUUU